AUGUGUUAUCACGCUAUUGACGAUGUUCAGGAUACGUGGGCAGGAUUACUAAUAACUGGCAAAACAAUAUUGCUUUCUCAAUAUUACACUAGUAAGGUUAAGAGCAACUCUUCAAAUCCAUUGAAUAUCAAUAACCAUCAGCAAGUUUCUCAUUCAUCCAAAUCAUGUUACGACCUAAAACAACUUGGAAUCAAGAUUGAUGGCAUUUAUUCCAUAAAACCGGAGAAUGAUUUUAUGCAAUUUGCGACAUUCUGCGAUAUGCAAACAGACGGGGGUGGCUGGACACUUGUAGCUAGCGUACACGAAUCGGAUAUUACCCAAAAGUGUGAUGCAAAAGAUAGAUGGACAAAUUACGUACCAGAAAAGUAUAUUGCCUCGACAGAGAAAACAAACUGGGAAAACAAGAAAGUUUUCGGUGACGUUAGCAAAUGCACGGAAGGUGAUUACAAAAAUUCCGCUUACUACUCUUUGAACGCCAACGACGUCAUGGUCUGGCACGUACCAUCCAACACACCAACCAUGUCUAUGAAGGAAAAAGCGAGUUUUCGUUACAGAACAACAAAUCAUUUCUUGCAAAACAAUGGUGGAAAUCUACAAAAGAUGUUUGAGGAGAGAUAUCCAUUGAAAGUUUAUCCGGGAAAAUUCAAAACAAUGUGGUCUCAACGAAGCAAAUUGGUGCUAAAGGCUCUAGAGAAGAAUUCUGCAGAAAUAAGAGCUAACGUACCAAACUGGUACACGUAUAACUAUACUGGAAACAACGUCAACAUAAUACAAGACAGCAAAAUGUACAGCUCAUAUGGCAAUAGGGUUAGUUUUGGUAAUUCCAGAAUAUUACAAAGUCAUCUGUAUUACAACAGAAUUUAUCGCGACGAAACGUAUUGGGAACAUACAAUAGUUCGCAUGAAAGCAUCACAGCCUUUUAUACUGGUUACUGCUAUAUCAAACGAAAAUUCUUUCAGUCAAUACUUCUAUAUUAAAGUUGAAACCCAACGCUACAAAGGUGAUUUUACCGAACUGAUACAAAAUACCAGAACAAACGGGAACUUCAAAUUGCAAUACAAAGCUGUGCAGUUCAGACAACGUUCGUAUGCAACUGUUUGCGAAUUCCAUUUUGUAAUAAGCAACACAAAAGAUUGGAUGUCCAGGCCCCCAACAUCUUUUGAGAGAAACAAUCACUAUUCAUCGUCUACCGUUCGACGAAACCAAUUUCAAGUUGACGGAAGUCCUUCCAACAUUGUAAUGGGAUAUAUGCUUCUUACCAGAAAUAAAGGGGAAAAAAUAACUGUAUCACAAGCCGAUGGUGUUGCGGAUAAUAUUAUUCAAGCAGUUGCAUCCAUCCAUAACCUUUUCCAAGAGAGCGAAGGACUUGUUGCUCCAGUAACAUUUGACAAAGGAAGCACCAAUGCGAUUCUAAAAACUAUCCCAACAAACUUCAGGUCGACAGUUGAAGCAGGUUAUUUGGAGUUUCGUGCGUACAAUCUGACUGGAUAUCCAAAUGCAAUGUGUCCAGGCAUCAAAGUGAAAUCGUUCCAUCCAGAGUUUGUUUGUCUUGGUGGAAUCUCUGGAGAUAUUGGAGAUGAUGGUACUUGUGGAGAUUUCGCAGGUUGGGCCGGUAAGAAUGAUGAUGUCAUCAAUCGUGAUUAUGCCAGUGGAAAUUCUCACUCGCAAAAAGACAUCUCUUCUACUAUUCUGAUAUUCUAUCGCUGAAUUAACUAAUUUUAUGUUUUCAUGAUAGAAAUCGUAUUGAAUAUUAUAGCAUUCGUUAUCAUGUUUGGUAUUUUUGAUUCUUCCUUUCAUUUUAUUGCUAUUCUCAAUAUUGUGUAACAUAUUUUUGCAUCUGUCACUUAUUUGAGGUUAUACAAUAUCUUUCAUUGGCACUGA